AUGCGCGUUUCCGCGCGUUUCCGCUUCCGCCACCGCAGACGCCACCUCGUGUCGGGAGUCGCCGCAUCCUCGUCCGCUUCUCUGCGCUAUGUCGGGUGGCCUCCUGAAGGCGCUGCGCAGCGACUCCUACGUGGAGCUGAGCCAGUACCGGGACCAGCACUUCCGGGGUGACAAUGAAGAACAAGAAAAAUUACUGAAGAAAAGCUGUACGUUAUAUGUUGGAAAUCUUUCUUUUUACACAACCGAAGAACAAAUCUAUGAACUCUUCAGCAAAAGUGGUGACAUAAAGAAAAUCAUCAUGGGUCUGGAUAAAAUGAAGAAAACAGCAUGUGGAUUCUGUUUUGUGGAAUAUUACUCGCGCGCAGAUGCCGAAAAUGCCAUGCGGUACAUCAAUGGAACACGACUGGAUGACCGAAUCAUUCGCACAGACUGGGAUGCAGGCUUUAAGGAGGGCAGGCAGUACGGCCGUGGGCGAUCUGGGGGCCAGGUUCGGGAUGAGUAUCGGCAGGACUAUGACGCUGGAAGAGGCGGCUAUGGAAAACUGGCCCAGAACCAGUGAGUAAUGAGAGCUGUCAGUGACCAGCGCUCGUUUGGCUUGUUGAAUUGAUUGAAGAACAUCACUGAAAGUCUGCAAACGAGCCCAUUUUUACCAAGCUUUGAUCAGUGUCUUUACUGAACUAGAAGCCUCUGAAAGUUAUUAAAGGACAGAAUCCAAAA